AUGGAAGAACACCAAAUUAACACGCUUACCCAGCAUUGUGAAACAACCCAGGAAAACGAACUGUGGGAAAGAUGCUGGGAGCAUAUCAGAAGCAAGGAAAAUUUCGUUUUGGGGGGACCAGGAGAACAAGUCCUCCUAAUUACCGAGCCGCUUCGAAAGGCGGAACAAGCAGUGGAGCAGAUCAAGAAGCUAGCGACUCGUUUUGUUCUCACGGACCGAUUAUUCGAAGCACUAGUUCAGAAUGGAAAGAUUCUUGCCCGCAGGUACAAGAUGGACACGAUCGAAACACAAUCGUCGAUAGAAAGAAGGUGUGCAAGUGCUGCUUCGGCAACUGCCCACAAAGACAAGUGCAGAUUUCCACCGAGAGACUGCUACUACUGCGAGAGGAUUAGAGGGACGAUCGUCGAGGAUUUGAUUCCGAAAAAGAGACAUCAUCGCGCACUGUGUGAAGUACCGGAUCUAAAAAACGAAGUAAGAAAACGAAUAAAGCGGCUGGAAGAGGAGAUCGAACAUCUACGAUCAGAAGAACGAUUCAAGCCGGGCGGAAAGAUUGUUGGGACUGAGGAAUUUUAUCGGCUCACCUUUGAUCAGUUAGUCGAGAUUAUUUCGAGUGAAGCGCUCUGCGUGUCAUCAGAGGAGCAGAUUUUUGAAGUUGUGGUUCAAUGGGUUAAGUUCGACCUAAAAUCUAGGAAACAGUUCUUCUCAAAGUAUAACUGCUGUAUGAUGGAACGCAGAGCGGCUUAUCCGGAAUAUUCGGCUACUGAAUUAAGGAAUUCACAACACGGCUUCUAUAAUUGA